AUGGAGGACUCAGUAAAAGACGGAGACAAGAUGACCAGCCAGCAGGCUCUGUGUGACCCCGAACAUGAGAGCAAAAAACGCUCUCGCAUCUCCACUCUGAAAUUGUUUAUUAUGGCGCUGUCCUUCGCCAGCUUCUCAAAGGCUCUGACGGGAACCUACAUGAAGAGCUCCAUCACUCAGAUAGAGAGACGAUUCGAUCUCUCCAGCACUCACAUUGGACUCAUUGAUGGCAGUUUUGAGAUGGGCAACUUGUUGUUUCUUGCUGUGGUCAGCUAUUUUGGGGCCAAGCUACAUCGGCCCAGACUCAUAGCUGUGGGCUGUUUCCUCAUGGCUGUAGGGGCCUUUCUCACCGGCCUCACACACUUCUUCAUGGGAAGCUACAAGUACAACACGAUCAUUCAGGUUUUCCAGAAUGACAGUGUGAACAUCGCUGCCUGUGUGGAUCCACUGAAAUCAGAAGUACCUGAAAUUCAGAUCGAGCCCUCUGUGGAAGACAACAAAGCCUGUGUGAGAGAAUCUGGUUCCAACAUGUGGAUCUAUGUGUUCCUGGGGAACGCUCUGCGAGGGAUCGGAGAAACCCCGGUCACACCUUUGGGCAUUUCUUACAUCGACGACUUUGCUAAAGCGGAAAAUUCACCCUUCUACAUAGCUUGUCUCCAGACCAUCACUCUCCUGGGCCCCAUGUUUGGUUUCCUCCUGGGCUCCUAUUGUGCCAGACUAUAUGUUGACAUUGGAUAUGUGGAUAUCGAAAGUGUGACCAUCACUCCUAAAGACGCCCGCUGGGUGGGCGCCUGGUGGAUGGGCUUCAUGGUGUCCUCCGCCCUCCUCCUCCUCUCCAGCAUUCCCUUCUGGUUCCUGCCCCGCUCGCUGCCAAAGCAGGGGGGAGACAAGGGCAAGCCAACUCCCACCUGUGACACCCUAGAUGGGACAAUGGAGGAUGUUCCCAACAACAGUCACAACCUCAAGCUGACUGACAUUGCCAAAGGGUUUCUUCCCUCACUGAAGCGCCUGUUGGGAACUCCUGCCUACUUCCUGCUCCUUUGUGGGAGCAUCCUGAAGUUCAACUCCUUCAUCGGCCUGUUCACCUUUAAAGCCAAAUACAUGGAACAACAGUUUGGCCAGUCUGCAUCCAGAGCAAACUUCCUCAUAGGUGUGUUGAACCUGCCAGCGGUGGCGAUGGGGAUCUUCCUGGGAGGUCUGCUGAUGAAGAGGUAUAAACUGAGCCUGGUGUCAGGAGCUCAACUCUCUUUUGCCACAUCCUUCAUGGCAUACCUCCUCCUGCUGCUGCAGUUUGGAACCAAGUGUGAUAACAUCCCCAUGGCUGGGCUCACCAUCUCAUACAAUGGGACACAGAGUAUAUCAACCGACAGAGAUAUGCUCUUCUCUGAGUGUAACAGAGACUGCUCGUGUUCAGCAGAGGAGUGGGACCCUGUGUGCUCAGACAGCGGCAUCACCUACAUCUCUCCAUGUAUGGCUGGCUGCCUCAGCUCCAGUGGAUACGGCAAGAACACAAUCUUCCACAACUGUAGCUGUGUGUCCGCCUCCUACCCGGCAGGCAGCAGCACGUCUGUGAGGCUGGGCCAGUGUCCUCAUGCCAAGGACUGCAGCCGUAGUUUCACCUCCUACAUGGCUGUAUCUGUUCUCAGCUCCUUCAUCAACUCUCUGGGAGCCACACCUGGCUACAUGGUCAUCAUAAGAUGCAUCUCACCAGAUCUCAAAUCCCUUGCGCUAGGUAUCCAGACCUUGGUAACUAGGACUCUUGGUGGACUUCCUGCACCGGUGUAUUUCGGAGCCCUGAUUGAUUCGACUUGCCUGAAGUGGUCUAUCAAGAAGUGUGGAGGCAGGGGGGCAUGUCGCAUGUAUGACGCUGAUAUGUACAGGAUUAUCUUCCUGGGUCUGAUCACUUGUCUCAGUGGUUCCUCGUAUUUCUUCAUCAUUGCCGUCAUCGUCCUCCUCAGACGACAAUUUCGUAAGCCAGAGCGGGAUACACAGACGCAAAAAACAAAAGCUUCAAAGGAAAUUGAACUUCGAACCAAAUCAAAACCCACUGAGGACAAGCCCGGCCCCCCUCAAACUCCCAAAGCGCCUCAUGCUCCCAAAGUUUUGGCAAGGAUCGCAACAGAACUGGAGGAUGGAGCUGAAGUUCACAGAACAGAGCAGCUCCCCGAAGAUGGCAGACACAACUCCUCAAAUAGCACCCAGGAGACACCACAGCUCAAAUCCCUGACAGAGACCACUGUUGAGUUCACUCCUCCUCCAAGUGAGGAAGCAAAGAUAGAGAUAGACGGGCUGAAGUCAGUGGACGAAGUAUCCGAUGAGACGGAUGCACAGGUGGAAAAAGAGGACCAUCUCACAGCUGACAAAGAGUUAGAGGAAGAGACAACACACAGCAAAGAAACUGACGGCACACAAAACUGA